ACCGGCAACCCGAUCGAUUUUGUUGAGCAGCUCAUGUGACUUUUCCUGAGUCUGCUGAGUCAGCCCAACAAGUCGCAGCGCCAAGCCCACCCAAAUCCGGAAAUAUGCAACUUCUCAUUUCUCACCACCGCGGUCUUGGAAGAGGCGUUCUCUCUUGCGCUUCAAUUCUCAAUUCUCUUGCUCUCUCUCGUGGUUUUGGUCUCUCUGACUUGCAGGUAGCUAGCUGGGUUUAACUGCUUUUUAUUUUAUCUUCCACUGCCCCCAAUGGCUGCCCCAAGACUACUCAGACCAGCUUCACGCUUGGUAUCCACACGCUUCUGCUCCGCUCCCCUCCGAGCUGCCUUUAGACCAGCAGUAUGCCCUCCUCCAGUUUUCCAACGACGCGCAUAUGCUACCCCAAGCGGAACCAAAGAGGUUACAGUCAGAGAAGCUCUCAAUGAUGCCCUUGCAGAGGAGCUCACCCUCAAUGACAAGGUGUUUAUCCUGGGUGAGGAGGUUGCGCAGUAUAACGGAGCAUACAAGGUAACGAAGGGCCUGCUGGACCGAUUCGGACCCAGAAGAGUCAUCGAUACCCCCAUCACAGAAGCAGGAUUCUGCGGCUUGGCCGUCGGAGCUGCCCUAGCUGAACUACACCCUGUGUGCGAAUUCAUGACCUUCAACUUCGCCAUGCAGGCAAUCGACCAGAUCGUAAACUCCGCAGCCAAAACACAUUAUAUGUCCGGCGGCAUUCAGCCAUGUAAUAUCACUUUCAGAGGACCCAACGGCUUUGCCGCUGGUGUCGCUGCCCAACACUCCCAGGAUUAUUCCGCCUGGUACGGAUCGAUCCCCGGCCUCAAGGUGCUCACCCCAUGGAGUGCCGAAGAUGCAAAGGGACUCCUCAAGGCUGCAAUCCGCGACCCUAACCCGGUUGUAUUCCUCGAAAACGAACUCAUGUACGGCGAGUCCUUCCCCAUGAGCGAAGCCGCGCAAAAAGACGACUUCGUCCUCCCCAUCGGCAAAGCCAAGAUUGAGCGCGUCGGCAAAGACCUGACCAUUGUCUCCCUCUCCCGUUGCGUCGGCCAAGCCAUGCGCGCCUCCGCAGAACUGAAACAGAAAUACGGCGUCGAGGCGGAAGUGAUCAACCUGCGUUCCAUCAAGCCCCUCGACAUCGACACCAUCAUCAAGUCCGUGAAGAAGACCGGCCACCUGAUGGCAGUCGAAUCCGGCUUCCCCAUGUUCGGCGUUGGUUCUGAAAUCCUUGCGCUGUCGAUGGAGUAUGCGUUCGAUUAUCUCCAGGCGCCCGCUGUCCGGGUUACCGGUGCCGAAGUGCCAACACCGUACGCGUUCAAGCUGGAGCAGAUGAGUUUCCCGCAGGACGAUACAAUUGUCACGCAUGCUGCUAAGUUGCUGCGGGUAUAAAGAGGAAUUGAGGAAGAAAAGUAGUUGAAUUAUCCUGUAUACCCUCCGUUAUGAGCGCUUCUAUCCUAUAGCAAGUCAAAUCUUGUAUUUUUAUUUUUCGCUGAUUUUCUCCAUCUCUGUUAAUCAUUUUUCUGGACUACUCCUUGAAUUACAACAGCAUGGGACCAAAAAGAAGAGCAAAGGAAAAAGAAAGGGGGAUAUAAAAAACAAAAGGAAUUGGAGAAGAUCGUCCAUCUCCGUUUUUAUUUUAAUCUAUUAAGCAUCUGUCUUGUGCGUUUACCAUAUAACACCUUUUAUUACCGCCAACCAACUGUCACCCUAUCCUCGAACCCUUUUGAAUUUACAUGCAUCUCUUACUUCUGUCCCGCUCCCUGUUUUUUAAUGUUUAGUUUAUCCGCUUGUUCCCUUCCUUCUUGCCCGUUUGUUCUCAAGACUUCCUCUUUCCAUCUUUCCCUUUCUUGAAAAUUUCCGGUUCUGUUGUAUGAUUAGUUAGCUUGAAUUAACUCGCUCCAAAACCACCAGUCACUUCAAUUGUAUGUACAUGUACAAUGUACCUCCUCAAAACACUUCUCGCAUCUUACUUUUCCCGCAGACAGAUAUAUUCGUGAUAAAGUGUAAUUUCUCCCUAUAGAAUGCAGGUAAUACUGACAAAAGUAGAACGUUAGAGAUUCACCGUGUAACACAACAAGUCAUCUAGUUAUACCUAGAAGAAAAUACACAUGCAUCCAAGAAAACAAAACAAAAUAAUUCCUCCUAGCUUCACCCAUCCCAAACCACCCUCCUAAAUGUAAAACAUCGAAUCCCUC